AUGUCGACAAGCAAGAAAAUGCUAAAAUAUUUUUUUCUAUUGUUCGUUUGGAACUGCUAUGUUGCUGCUGAACCUUCAUCAUGGUCCAUAUCAAUACCACUUCCAGAUGGAACUCGACGUGUUAUUCAUAUACCUUCUUCACCAGUCGAUUCUCAAGCUGAAACUAAAUCAGAGUGCAGAAAUUGCUUCCAUUUUCGUACGGUUGAUGACGGGCGUCGAAUGUUAAUCGAGCCUUGUGGCGGACAUAAUUGUGUUGCAAUGAUCAAUAGUACUACUUCAACGAAAUUUGAACCAACAAAGGAGUACAAUUUCAGUCAAUGUGGAAUGCCAAGUAAUACGAAAUAUUCAAUAGUAAACAAGGCUUUACAAAUGAAAGUCAGCACGGGUGUGAAAAAUACGCUGCGUCCGGCUGAAUAUCCUUGGCUGGUACGCAUUGAAAGUCGUUCAAAUAUUUUUUCACGAACAGUCACUCUUUGUGGUGGAACAUUAAUUCAUCCACAGUGGAUCAUUACAGCCGCACAUUGCAUGUUUGACAGUAAAGUUGAUCGGCUGUAUUCAACCAGUGGUAUUAGUUUAUACAUGGGCCAUUACAACCGUGUAAGUACAAGUCAAAAUGAGUACAUCGCACGACCGAAUCUGUAUAUAAUUCAUCCGGAGUUUCGCAUAACUCGGUCCAAACCAGCACCGGUUCAUGAUCUAGCACUGAUUAAAUUAGAAAAACCAGUCCCAUUGUCACAAUCAAUUGGCAUUGCUUGUUUACCCAAUCGAGCAGACAAAUUAGCCGAUGGAGCAUUGGCCUUUACGGCUGGCUGGGGCCAUGCAACACCAGGCUCGUCGGCAGUUAAUGAGCCUCGAAAAGCUCGACUUAAAAUUUCCUCCAAAGCAUGUCGUCAAUUGAUGAUCGAUCGCCGUCUGCACGUAUGUGGCCGAAGUGACCGUGGCAAUAAUAUUUGCAGUGGAGACUCGGGUACUGGUCUAUGGAUUCGCGCAGGUUCUAAGUCGAAUGAUCACCAAACGGACUGGCGAUGGUACAUAUUCGGUGUAGCCAGCUUUGGCCUUGAUGAAUGUUCUCAACGUGUCAAUCAUGAUAAUGCAUUCGCAUCAGUGUCGACGGAUAUUGAUUGGAUACAUGACGUGAUAAAUAAAUAUUAG